GUCCGGGUCACCCAGAUACAAGGAAUGAAAACUGUCAUCAACGAAUACGAUGUCCGGUCUGAGAUCCUGAACACCGGGAUGGGAGUCAGCAACCCCGAGCAUCUGGACCUUCUUAGGGAGCUGUGUCAAGAAGAUCUGGCCAACAGCAGCAAAUAUGUGGACUCCGAAUUUAGCUUCCACCCUCAUAUCCGCUGGUACCAGACGUGUGACUCUGUGAUCGUGAAGGUGAAGCUGGUGAACCCGGAGAGUCAGAACUUUGAAUUCUACCCGGACAGAGUCACGAUCUCAGCCGAUAUCUCCCGUUGGGAAAUGAUUUCUAACGAGCCGGUCCUCAAACUGGUGAAGCAACAACCGGGACACUGGGACAGGCUGGUCAGGACCAAGGUCUGUUUCCAGGUUCACGCGGGUGGAGGUCAUUUCCAGAAGUACUGGGUUGUGGUGGAGGGGUAA